GUCAACAACAACUUCCGCAUUCUCGAGCGCUGCAGUGCCCAGAAUGCCCACAACUGCCCACGAUCGACUGUGCAGCGCCCCAAAGCAGCGUGAAUUUCCGCUACGACGCAAAUACACGCGCAAGCCAUCGACAGCGACUGCGCGCCCGCUAUCCUUGCGGCGUGAACAGACAUUGACCCAGGCCAACUUUGUCCUCUCGUCCUCUGCCCGGAGCCGUGGCACAACCGACGAUUCAUAUCAGGAGGAUGAUGGAGACUAUCUUGAGAGCCGUCCCCGGAAGAAGGCGAAGAGGAGGAGAACGGAGAGAUCGGCAUCACAGACCACUGUCACGCAGAACUGGCGCAACUACAGGGAAAUAUACGGAGAGUGUGAUCACAGUCGGGUUGACGGAGGCGAUGAUAGCCACAAAGCCGAUGAUACGACAGACUCGGAUGGCGCUUUGGUGAGUGCGGAGGAGUAUAAUCACGAUUUGUCGCAAAGCAGCUCCACGGUCAAGAUGAGUGCGCUGAACCACGGGACAUUUGACUAUGCGGAGCAUCUACUCUCGAUUGCGAGCUCAGCACGUUAUCCGACGGCUCUGAACUCGGCGUCCUCUGAGGUUGGCAGCGCGAGUACGAGACCAACAUCUGCCGGUUCUGACAUGGCCUUCGUGACACCUCGAAAGCCUCGCAGAACAGUUGUGCCGUCUUCGGAAACGCCAUCGACUCUGUAUCUUUCCCGACAGACAUCUUAUACCGACCUCGUCUGCCAAUCAUCACCGCUCACAGAACGGAGUACCAAUACUGCAUCUGCCAAGCAGCGUGAUCCUCUCCCGGCGGCGAAAGGCCGCUGUCAGACUCCAGAAAACCUCGAGACUCUUGGCCUGGAGGUGGAAGGCGAUGGUGUGCAUGAAGCUGCAAGGAAUUCUGACCGCACCUUGCAACGAGCUACAACCAUUCAGGAUUCUGACGAUGAUAACAUUGAUAUCCACGAUUUUGAGUCCCCCAGCGCGGAAGACGCACAUAGAGAGCGACCAAAAAACGUGCCCAUUUCGAGACCAAUGCCACACUUGAGGUGGGCUACCACGAUACAGGAGUCUCAAGCUGGUUCAGAAGCCGAAGAAUUAGCGGCUGGAAGCCAGCAGGAUGAUUAUGACCCCAUAUUCCAACAGACCUUCGAUCCUGUGAUGACAGCGCUAGAUCGGGAUGCUGCAAGAUUUGGGAGAAGUGAUACGCAGUUCACUGCCUUGCCAGAAGCUGCAAGUGCAUUACUAGCCGACGUGAGCGGAAAGACCUUUCAUACUACGACGAAGGCACCCAAAGCCCUUGCUAGUCAAAACGCACAUUCUACGGCGUCUACUCAAUCCGAGGAUAGCCAGUUGCGAGAGACUUCUCCUGGGCUGAAGGGUGGGUCGAAAAUGAGAACCAUGGAGCCUGCCGGGAAUGCCACCUUGUCCCGCGGCCUGGAGUUGGGGACUGGUCGGGCUUGGAAGACUCGGCGUAGAGGACAAACAGCUCGAUGGCUGUCUGGAGGCGAUUGCAUAGAACCGGAAGAAGACUCGACGGAAUCAGCCAUCAAGCACGAGGGGGCGGGUGAUGAUGUCUAUGUCCCUCCAAACUCAAGGGCACUUGAUCAGGAUGGCGAUGGUUUUAUUGCAGGUUCUCCCACGUCUAGUCUCCAUUCGCAAGUCUCUCUGGAGGCAGAACAGUUUAUGGAGGAAACUGAUCGAAUUCCGCAAAGCCAAAUCAGUACCGUGAUGCCCACGCAACUCAGUCGUCCCGGCUCUCCCCAUGGCCAUCAGCCUGCGCCCCAACAGUCGGUAUCGACUAUAGCCACCGACAUGCCGAGCAGUUCUCCGUUUCCUCUACCACCGCGCACAUCAAGUGAAUAUGGACUAGGGGUAGCAACACAGGAUUUCAGCUUGCCACCGCCUCCUCAGUUGUCGUCGCCCGUCAUGAAGAGCCUAGAGAACUCAAUGUGAGCAGUCUUGUCGAACGACAUGCUCGUCCAGAGAAGCUAUAUAGAU